UAGAAGGUGAGAAAUAAUCAAAGAGAAUCGGAGAGGAUGAAUGUAAGAAGUAAUACGAAUAUGCAAAAGUUCAAAGGUGUAGUGCCUCAGCAAAAUGGUCAUUGGGGUGCUCAGAUAUACGCAAAUCACCAAAGAAUAUGGCUUGGAACCUUCAAAUCUGAACGAGAAGCUGCCAUGGCUUAUGACAGCGCCACCAUCAAGCUCCGGAGCGGUGAAAGCCACCGGAACUUCCCUUGGAACGAUCAAACCGUACAAGAGCCUCUUUUCCAAAGCCAUUACACCACCAAAGCAGUCCUCAGCAUGAUCAGAGACGGCACCUAUCCUUCCAAGUUAGCUUCUUUUCUCUUAAGCAGACAAACCCUAACCCUAACCUUAAACGGGGAAGAACAAAUUACCAGGGCCAGAAAGAACGUAGAAGAAAAAUUCUCCUACAACCAGCUCUUCCAGAAGGAACUUACACCGAGUGACGUGGGCAAACUCAAUAGGCUCGUCAUCCCCAAGAAACAUGCGAGUAGGUAUUUCCCUUACGCUUCGGGCACUACAGAAGAAGCCGACAGUAAUAAUAAUUAUGGGACGACGAUGGAUAUUAACAGUGACAUUGAGCUUGUGUUUUACGACAAGUUAAUGAGGUCGUGGAAAUUUAGAUACUGCUAUUGGAGAAGCAGUCAAAGCUUUGUGUUCACGAGAGGUUGGAACCGGUUUGUGAAAGACAAGAGGUUGAAGGCUAAGGAUGUUAUUGUGUUCUAUAAGUGUGAGCCUAUAAUCGAUAGGAGGAUUAUUAAUGGGGGUGAAGUUUUUCAUCUGAUUGAUGUUAUCUAUGAUGAAGAUAAUGUUCAUGAGAGCUCGAGGACGUCGCAGUGUUUUGGAGAGAAGAAGAGAGAUUACAGGCAAAGUUUUGGGAAAAUGUUGAGCUUCAAUAAUAGAACAGAGGAAGAUGAAGAAGAUGACGAUGAUGAGAAUGAGACAGAGAAUGGAAAGAAAAUGUUGCAUUCUCCAACAGAUGCUGCAAAAAAGGGUUUGAAGCUUUUUGGUGUAAGAAUUAACUGA